UGACACUGACGUUUUAAAAUUGAGGUUCCUAGUAUUCACUAUUCAUUCAUAAAAUUUUGGGUACCUUUACAUUUUUUACAAUUCAAAUUCAAAUAACUAAAAACAGAUUGUUCUUGAUUGGAUUUAACUAUAUCAACUAUUAAGAUUUUGGAAUAGUUUUUCUGGAAAAACAUAACUGAACAUGGAGCUGAAAUUCUUGAUUUUCACCCUUUUUGCGUCUAUAGUUUCCGUACAGUCGCUGAAAGCUGGAGAAUGUGAAGUUUGUAUCAAAGUUCUGGACAGAUUUAGAAGCACAUUACCAGAAAGCACUAUAAAAGAUCACAAAAAGAUAGAGAAGGAAUUUAAGCUUUUCUGUAAGGACCUUAAAAACAAGGAAAACCGAUUUUGUUACUAUCUUGGUGGUUUGGCAGAAUCGGCUACCGGCAUCCUAGGAGAAAUGUCCAAACCGAUAACGUGGUCUCUCCCGUCGGAUAAAAUCUGCGAAAAAUUGAAGAAAAAGGACGCCCAAAUCUGCGAACUCAGAUACGACGUGCAAAUCGACCUCAACACCGUCGACCUCAAAAAACUCAAAGUCAGGGAUUUGAAAAAGAUCCUCAACGAUUGGGGCGAAGAGUGCGAAGGCUGCAUCGAAAAGAGCGAAUAUUUGAAAAGGAUAGAAGAACUUAAACCAAAACACACUGAACUAUAAUUUUAAGGAAAUUAUUAUUGAAUUGUGAUUUUUUUUUUAAUUGAGUGAAUGUAUAUUGUAUAUGAUUUAAUUUAUUGUUGGAUUAUUUUCAAUCCAAUGCAUUUGAAUUUUAGAAAAUUAUACUGUGCAUUUCUCAAUCAGUUCCUUUUUGCGACUAAACUUUAUAUUUAUGUAAUUAUUAUAAAAUUUUUACCAUUAAUUUUCUGGUAGUUUGUUUACAUAAUUUAUAGGGCAUAGAAAAGCCGAAUUUACAACAAGAUACAGGGUGUUUGUUUAAGAAAAAAAAACAUCGUAUUUUUGUCCUGCCUUUAUUAUACUGCUCUCGCACCAUCUCAAUAAAGAUACUGUAGUCAAUGAUUUAUUUAUAUUUUUUAGGUAAAUUAUUUUUCUUUAGUUUAUAAGGAGGCAUUUUAUAUUUGUAAUAAAUAUUCAAUUAUUGCAAAAAUAAAUUUGUAUUGAUAAUUCAAACUUAUCAAAAUCGAUUUUAAGCUGCCCAAUCUGGAAACUCUUCCAGAUUCCAUAUGAGCGGCCCCAAAAAUGGAAAUACGGCAAAUAACGUCGCUAACGAUAUUAUAACGACACCUGUGCCACACUUGAACAUCUUCGAAGACGACAUGUUGCAGGCAUCGGCUGUUAUGGCCAUCGGUGGUGUCGAAACUGGCAAACAAUAGGAAAAGGAACAGCUUAAGGUAGCUGGCAUCAUAAGGAACAUUGGAUGAAUUUUUG